ACACGCAUGUCAGUUGCUGUUGGAUACGAACUCCACUAAAACCAAUCGUAACUCAUAUGCGCAGAAUGAACCUAUUUCAUUGAAUGGUGAGGAUAACCUCUCAUUGAAUGAAAUUUUGUAUACACGAGAAGUUGGACACAUUCCUGAACUAAUUCAGCAUUUACUAACUUCACAUGCCUUGUUCGAUUGUGUUCGUUUGAAUUUAAAAGACAAUGACAUUUAAGUAAUCCAAACACAACAAUUGUGAUAUGUCUGAUAUUGUCAAACAAGUAGUUAAUAUAAUUUUAAAUAAUUAAUACUCAGUAUGCAAACUACUGAAGAAUUCCCUUUUCCUUUUCCUCCCUAUUCUAUACAAGUUCAAUUUAUGAAAGAAUUGUAUAAUUGUUUGGAAAAUGCUAAGUUGGGAAUCUUUGAGAGUCCAACAGGUACCGGUAAAUCUAUGUCAAUCAUUUGUGGUGCUCUAAAAUGGCUUUUAGAUCAUGAAGAGUUUCAAAAGAACCAGUUGACAAAAGCGAUUUCUGAUUUUGAAGAAAAAAUAAAAAAGUGUACUAACUCAUCCACCAAUUGGUUUUCUGUGCAAACUGAACAAAUACAGUUAAAUAGCGAGAAACAAAUUCUUCAGACAAAGUUAAAUAGUAUUCUACAAUAUGAACGUAAAAAGAAUGGUCUAAAAGAAGCAGUUAAAAAUGUGGAUAAGAAAAAGAAAAGAUUUGGUCCUAGUAAACCAAAUCAAGGAAAAACUCAAACAGAAACUCAAACAGAAAAGAAUGCACCAGUUGAUGAAGAUAAUAAAGACACCAUUAUAGAAGAAGAAUUAUUGUUAGAAGAUAUAAUGCAGCAUUCAGAAAAUUCAGAAGAUGAAGACAGUGAAGAAGAAACCUUUGCAAACACUAAAAUUUUUUUCUGUUCUAGAACCCAUUCACAAUUAUCACAAUUCAUAAGAGAACUUAAAAAAAGUCCUUAUUCAAAAAAUGUAUCUGUUGUUCCAUUGGCAUCUAGGCAAAAUUAUUGUAUCAAUAAAAAUGUAAGGAAACUAAAACAUCAAAAUUUGAUUAAUGAACAGUGUUUACAAUUACAAAAAAAGAAAGCAACUGUAAAAGAUGAAAAAGAUGUUAAAAGAAAGAAGGUAGCAACUAGUUGCCCUUUUAUGCCAGGAAAUCAAGACUUACUGAUAGGAGAAACAUUAAUAGAGAUUCAAGAUAUUGAAGAGAUUGUACAAAAAGGGGAGGACUAUAAGACUUGUGCUUAUUAUGCAGCAAGAAAAGCUGUACCAACUGGUCAAUUAAUAUUAGUACCAUAUAAUUCUGUACUUCAUAAAAAUACUAGAAUUAGUUCAGGAAUUAAUUUAAAAGGAAAUAUACUAAUAAUUGAUGAAGCACAUAAUUUGCUUGAAGCUAUUGAAAGAAUGCACAGUGUUAUGAUUACAGGCAGAAAUUUAUUGCAUUGUCAUAGUCAACUUUCGCAAUAUCUGAAAAGGUUCCAAACUUUAUUUUCUGCAAAAAAUCUUUUAUACUUAAAUCAAUUAAGUUUUUGUUUGAAAAAACUUUUAACUAUUUUUGGUGCUACUACAAAAUCAACUCCUGAUGAUAGUAUAAGUGCAGAAACAAUUUCAAAGUCCUAUAAAAUCGAAGAAUUUGAAAUAAAAACAGAAAUUGAUACAAUAAAUAUAUUUGAGUUGUUAAAAUUUAUUAAACAUUCUCGAUUGAGUCAUAAAUUGCAGAGCUUUGUAGAACAGUAUGAUACUAAAAUAAAAGUUUGUAAACCUGAUGAAAAAACAUCUGGUAUUAAGCAUUUCUUACAUUCAAUUAAAACCAAAAGUUCAGAAUGUACCACAGAUACAGUUGCAGCUGUAGUGGAGGAAGAACAAUCAAAUAAUCCUCUGUUAUUAAUAAUAAGCUUCUUAGAAUCUUUACAAAAUAGAUGUACUGACGGACGCAUAUUUGUUAUCCCUGGUGCAACUCUUGGACAAAGUAUUAUAAAAUUUUUUUUAUUGAAUCCAGCAGCACACUUUCAUGAUAUUGUUCAAGACUCUAGAGCUGUAAUAUUAGCUGGUGGAACAAUGGCACCAAUGAAUGAAUUUACAGAACAAUUAUUUAUAGCAGCAGGUGCUGCACCUGAAAGAAUUGUUACAUUUUCAUGCGAUCAUGUAGUACCUAAAGAAAAUAUAAUAUGCUCAAUUGCAACUCAUGGUCCAACUGGUGUUGAAUUUGAAUUUAAUUAUCAAAAUCGACAAAAUAUAAAAUUGAUGGAUGAAUUAGGAAGAGCAUUAUUAAAUGUAUGUAAUAUUGUACCUGCUGGUAUUGUAGUAUUUUUACCCUCUUAUAAUUUUGAGGAACUGGUAUAUAAACACUUAGAAAAAUCUGGUAUCAUAACAAAAAUUUCUGCAAAGAAACAUGUUUUUCGGGAACCCAAAUCAACUUCUCAGGUAAAUGAAAUUUUGGAACAAUAUGCAGCUCAUAUAGAAAAACCACGAAGUCCACAAAAUGGUUCAUUGUUGUUUAGUGUAGUAGGUGGAAAAUUAAGCGAAGGAUUAAAUUUUUCUGAUAAUUUAGGAAGGUGUAUCAUUGUGGUAGGAAUGCCUUACCCAAAUAUUAAAUCACCAGAACUCCAAGAAAAAAUGAAAUACUUAAAUGAAAAUGUUAAGGCAGAUGCUGGUCAAAAUUUAUAUGAAAAUUCAUGUAUGAAGGCAGUCAAUCAGUGCAUUGGACGAGCAAUUCGACAUAUUAAUGAUUAUUCAACAGUAAUAUUAUUAGAUAAACGUUAUUCUAAUAAAACGAAAGCGUUACCUCAAUGGAUUCAACGUGCAUUAAUAAUUCAUAAUAAUUUUGGUAGUAUGAUUGGAGCUAUGGCUAAAUUUUUUAGUAAAAAAAAGAAAGAAGUACAAAAAUAGCAAAUAGUUACUACUGUAUUA